AUGUUUUUGCCGGCUUACCUCAAGAAGCGCGGAAGCGCGGAGGGAUUGCCGAGGAGAGCGCCGCUAGCCGCACGAAAAUCCUGCACAGGAGGCGUGGGAAUCGGAGAAGAGAGGGCGCGGCGCUGCGCUUACCGCCAAGAACACGGGCGAGUGAAGAAGCAUCGAUGGAAAUAUUUUGAUUUUAGGGUUUAUGUGUACUUGCUAGGUUGUGGAGAGGGCGCCAUGGACGCGCAGAAGCAAAUCAGAGAGAACACGCAGGAGCUUCACGAUUUUCUCAGAGGAUUGCAAGACUGGGAAAAAGAAGUGAAGAACAAAGACAAUGAGCUCAAGACGAAGUCUCAGGAUCAAGUGAAAGAGUUGCGUCCCGUGAGAGAGAAGAAGAGAGCUCAAGCUCAAGCAGCUCCUUCUGUGAAUGCUGCAAAGCAUACUUACGAUUACUUCCGGGACAAGUGGGACAAAUUUGAUGUGGAUGCUGCAUUGCGAGAGGUUGACGAGGAAAACGAGCAAGAGAAAGUGGCAUCCAAGUCUAAAGAAAAUGACUAUGCGGCCAAAGGUACUCCACAGACUUUCUCCAACGAGGCUGUCCAGCCUGAUUUCGAGAAAGGCUCCCUCCCCGAUGCUGUAACGGAGAAAGAACUUGGAAACGAACUUUUCAAGGAGAAGAAGUACGUGCAGGCGAUUGAGUGCUACUCGCGGAGCAUUGGCUUGCAUCCAACAGCCGUGGCUUAUGCCAAUCGGGCCAUGGCACUCUUGAAAAUCAGAAGAUACGAGGAUGCUGAAAUGGAUUGCUCAGAGGCUAUCGCACUGGAUGAUCGCUACACGAAGGCAUAUGCAAGACGAGGUACAGCCAGAAGAGAACGGGACAAACUUUUGGGAGCUGUUGAAGACUUUGAAUUUGCUCUCCGGCUGGAACCGCACAACAAGGACCUUCAAAAGCAGUACGAAGAAGCAAAAGCUUUGUAUGAAAAGAAGAAUGCUUAUCGCCCACCCGAAGAUAAAGUAACACUUCAAGUCCAGAGAUCGUCCAUCAAAGCCGUUAAUGGAGCCGAGAGCAUGAAGAAGACCUCCUCCCAAACUUCAAACGGCAAGCAACCGGUAAAAGAUGAAGCGGCGAUGCAAGCGUCGACGAUCCGGGCUGCAGCAACUGCUAUGAACGCUGUCACGCAACACAUGGUGGCUCCCAAGACAUCUUACGAGUUUGAGACGCUAUGGAGAGGCUUUGGUGACGACGUUGGAACCAAAGCACGCCUGUUGAAGCUCAUGGAUCCUAAUUCGCUGCCCAAAGUUUUUCGAGACGCUCUGAGCGCUACGUUGAUGGUGGACAUUAUAAGAACUCUAGACACAAUGGUCAACGAGGAUACUGUUUUGGUUGCUCAAGUUCUUGAUAAUCUCACCAAAGUUGGCCGCUUCAGCAUGACAAUUAUGUGCUUGAGCCACAACGACAAAAGUGUGAUCCAAAAGCUCUGGGAAAAGCUUCCUGCUCCUGUGGAAGAUCUAGAAAAAUGGGAAGCUCUACGAAAGAAAUAUAGAGUUUGAGGAGACACAAUCAAUGCAAAGACGGUCAAGCUUGGCUCGUCCGUCUUGACGAAUUUCACCUUCAACCUCGCGCGUUGCUCCGGUGUCAACUCCCGCAAUUGUGGAAAUCUAGACUCCUGGAAUGCAAGAGCUCGA